UCCAUGACUACAUCAUAACAACUGUGUACGAGCAUCGAGCAGCAAGAUAAGCAUUUCGCGUCCCCCCUGAAAAAACCUUUAAUUUUGCAUCAAAAGGAUACCGUUUCACAUACGUUCUCGGUUACUUACAGAAUAAAUAUUCUUUUGAGUAUUCGUUGAAGAGAAAAUAUCACGAUGGAAUCAGAAGGGCUUCAUUUGAACAUCAGUUAUGUUGGAUCCUGCGGCACUGUGCUGAGCGCCGAACAGAGUGCUGCACUGCAGACAUCACUUGUGAUCCUGCAAAAUAACUACAAAUUCAACCGUGUCUUCUUCUGGGGCAAAAUCUCAGGCAUAAAGGGUGACUACUUCAUUGCCCAAGGCUGUGGAAACGAUGAGAUGGUUGAAAGGAAAACACUUUAUAGUCUUGACUGCGUAACAUGGGGCUUACUACCUCUAGCUACCCAGGCCAUUCGGGACCAGUGUUCGGUGGUCAAAGGUCGCUUCAUUGGAGAUCCAUCGCAUGAGUAUGAACACAUAGAGAUCCAAAAGUUAGGAGAGGGAGAAGAUGCCACAGAGGAAGAAAACACGAUUAUGAUCAAAGAAGAGGAUCGUCUUGCAGCAGUGAUCGCUAAGAUUGAUGAGGAGGUAGCUGUCGUUCCUAGAGGAGCGUACGUCAGGACACCUCAUGGACUAGUUCUCAAGAAUCGUAGCUUUGAAGGCCUGUCUGUAACUGAAUCAGGGAAGCUUCACAACUACUUCCACUUCCGAGAACCAGUACGGCUAAAUGAGAAGACUCUCCUGGAGAAGGCUGACCUUGAUAAAUCAAUAGACUUCCUAGAUCCGAUUCAUGAAGACAUCCCAAGGGGCGGUUCGUGGUCCUUGGACUUUGUGCGUGGUGGUGGACUGGUGACCAUUCGUAGUCUCCUUUGGCCUGGGAUGAACUUCUACCAUGUCCCACAGUCAAGAAAGUUUGGUUAUAUCUACAUUGGUACUGGAGAACAGAACAAGGACCUCCCUUUCAUGCUUUAAGUUAUAUUUUAUAAGCAUUUUUUUAACAGGAAGAAAGUCAGACAACUGAGCAAAAGAGAAAUAUAAAUAUUCCAUGUUCUUAAUCAACCAUAUACUACAAUUAGAGCUCUAUAUGAUAUAUGCAGCAAUGUGAUAAGAUAUAUCAAAGAGAGCCCUGAUUGUAGUGAAUGGUUUAUAUUCAUGAAUAUUUGUGUUGCAUGGAAGCUAGGAUAACUGCAUUAGGUGUGAUAGAAACAGAUGGAAGUAAAAUUUUAUCAAGAUUCCAUGGAGAAUUCAGUUUCUCAGGCAGCCAGAAACAUCGGGAGAUAAUUAUAUAUACUUUGAAAAAAAUGCCUUCCUUGUUCAAUAAUAUACCUGUAUCGAUCUUGAAAAAAAAAAUGUUAAAGCUCAUACUGUUUGAGGUAUUACAUGUGUUAUUACUCUGUCAACGAAAAACUCCCUUUGACAUGGUAAGGUACAGAAGCUAAUUAGAAAGAAAGGUGUUUAAUAUAUCUUCAUUCUUUAUUCCUGCAAGAACUUCAACAAAGUUAUUUACAUAUUUUGCAAAAAUAACUUGCACACUAUGAACCUGGUUGCAAGUUAUCUGUUUUUCAUUCAACCGAUAUUUAACAAAAAAUACUUUUAAAGUUCAUGGGAGGUGUUAGAUCUUGAAUAUCAUUUUGCAGUAUACCAUGAUUAUCUAAAUCCCUCAUCUAUUGUGUAAAUAUGUAAAUAUACUGGAUAUUACAGAUAUGUUUAUUCUCACAACGUCAAAUGCUUGUCAUCAUAUCGGCAUUUUAAUUUGUAGUAUCUUAUCAAAUCAUUCCUUCAAGUGCUAUGACAUUAAGCCAUUUAAAAAUAAUACUAUUAAUAUUUCCAAGCUUAAACUUUCCCAAAACUUAUUGUUGGUCACUUUCAUGGCAAAACACUUUUGCAAAUUAAAAAAAAAAAUUGAUAAUUUCAAUACAUUCUUGUCAGAAUAUUGUGAACUUGUGAAUCUGUGACCAUUCAGAAGUCCUAGUUUUACAUUUGACCUAUAUUGAUGAUCUCGGUCAAAGGUAAAAUACAUUGUAUUCUAUUUAACCAUUUGAGCCGCAGUACCUGCGCACUACUGUGAACAUUUUGCUAUGUUUUUAAACGCAUACAUACUACAUGCAUCAUUAAAAAUGUUGCUGUGGAAAAAUGUUUAUGUCCAAUUUAUGUUGGAAUACAAAAUUAGCCCUUGCUUUUAAUCUGAAUUGUACAGAGCGGGUUAUCAUUAAAAUGAUAUGACUGAAAUUGUGGGUUGCAAGAAAGUGUACAUGAAUGAUACAUUGCUCACAUUCACAUUUAUGGAUAACCUUGGUUUAUUUUCUGUACCAAAUCAUUAUAAGCCUUGUUAUAUUGAGAUUAAUGUUCAUGUAAACAGGCAUCACAUCAACAGACUAUCCUGCCAUCAAAUGUUUGUAGAUGAUUUCUACAUGUUCCCAUUGUGCUCUUGAGCCAUAGAAAGCUAAACAUGUGAAUAAAGACCAGGAGAGCAUUCAUUGCCACACAGUGCGUGGGUAUUGUUUGGUUUAAAACACAGUGUGAACACAGCCAGUUUAAAUAUACCAAGGAUCUAGGCCCUGUAACACAAAGCUUCGUGAAUUGAUUGAUCUAUUGUACAUCAUGGAAAAAAGAGCAAUCAAUUGCUAAAUUAUCUUAGCAAGUAUUGCAGGGCCCCCAUUUUAGGACAAUUAAGUGCUUGAUAAAAUCUGGAAAAGGGACAAUUUGAUUUUUCCCAGUUGCAAUUUUCUAAAGACCCAUACAAGUAUAGGUACAUGUAUAUAUACAUAUUCAUAAUAAAGUUAUAGCAAGGCACAUUAUUGUUCUUUGUCAAAGUUUUGUACAAAUCUUGUUCAUUUUGGAGGUAUUACAUUCCUUUAAUAAAUUAUUCUACCACAAAUGUACAAUU